AUGGCUGGAGUUUCAGUAGCAAUACCUAAUUUUUCAGGCGGUAUGGAUGAGGAUAUAACUACUUUUGUCAGGAGAUUUCAUGGGUUUCUAGAUAGUAUUAAUAUUAAUGUAAGAGAAAACACACAAAGAGUUCAAGCUACAGGUCUAUUCCGAAGUGCUUUGUCUGGACCUGCUGCAAAUCUUCAAGCUAGAACUAUGGUGCAGAUGAAUACUUCUAAUAGUUUUAGACCACAUUCUUCAGCACAUGCCUUUGCAAAUCAUCCUGGAAAUAAUGCAAUUACAGUAGGGGCAGUAGAGGCUAGAAUGGUCCCAAGAAAAGCUUUUGCAGAAGAUUGGACUAAUUCUGGUGGAGCACCUACAGAUGAUGCGCCUAGAUUUACUGGUGCUAGUGGUGCUGUUCCUAUAAUAUUAAAUGGAAUUCAGCUUGGUCAAGCUAUUUACUACUUUGAAAACUUCUAUCCUUCAGUAUUAGAAGAAAGACGCAAAGUGCAAUUUGGUACUCUUGAUCAAGGUAAUGAUCUGGUUAAAACUUUCUAUGAAAAAGUUAAAAAAUAUGGCAAACUACUGAAUUUUGUUAAAAAUUUAGAAAAAGUUGAAAAACGCAAAUCUGAAAUGAAAAUAGGCUUAUCCAAGAGAACAGGAGAUACUGACUAUAAAAGCCAAGUACAUAAACCAAGUUCAGGGUUUUCACCAGAAGAUGUGGAUAGAAUGAUCAAGAGUAUUACUGAAAAAAUUACGCAAAAUUUUCAAACUCAAAUUCAGGAAUUACAAGCAAAAAUUCCAACAGUUAUAAAGGCUCCAGCAAAAGGAAUGACAAUAUUAGAUAAUUCUGAGAAACAAGUCCAAACAAAUGUUUCUAUUCAGAAAUGGAAUAAAUUCUUAAAUGAUCAUAAUCUUAAUGAUGAUUUAGAUGAACCCUAUGAACCCUAUGAUUCCAAUAAUUUUCUUCCUGCUGGCCUUCCAGAUACUUAUAGAGAUAAAAAAGGAUUAAAUUCCUAUGAUAAGGCUGAAGCUAGAUUAAGAGUUAUGCAACAAUAUGAAAACAAAGAUAAAAAACAUAAUGAGAGAAUAGCAAAUAGAAUUGCUGAACGAAUUGAACAACAAAAACUUGAUAAGGAAAUUGCUGGAAUUGCUGGUCUAUUUAAUAAUCUUAAUAUUAAUGAUCCUGAUGCUAUGGAUACUAAUUUAGCCAAAGGUGGUAAAAAAGAAAUGCAAAUUAAGGGGUCAUCAAUUGAUACUGCGAGUUUGAGAAAAAUUAUUCAUGAAUUAAUUAUAGAGGAAUUAACUCGUUUGGGAUUAACUAAGAAAACUACAAGCAAAGAAAUUCAGAAGUUUAGUGAAGCUUAUUCUGAUGAUUCUAUGGAUAUUGAUCUUUUGUGCCUAGAUAAUAAAAAAGAUUUAGCAUCAGUUGAAGGUGUAGUAGAGGGAAAAUUAAAACUCCCAAUUCUUAUAGAUUCAUGUUGCAAUAAGUCUGUUAUGCCUGAAGAGAUUUAUAAAGAACUUGGAUUAAUACUUGAUACAAAUAAAAUUUGCAAACUUUCUGGAGCAUCAACUAACAUUAAAUCGUUAGGUACAGUUAAAAAUGUCAAAAUAACUUUGGCACCAGGAUGUACUAUAACAGAUGAUUUUGCUGUAAUUGCAAAUUAUCCAUAUCAUGAGCUUAUUUUGAACCGACCUCGUCUUAGAGAAUAUAACUAUGAUUUACUUGAAUCUAGAAAGCAUAUGGCUAUUACUUGUAAUGGAAAGGACUUCUUUAUCCCUAUAAUUCCAUCAAAAAAUGAAUACAAAAAAGUAAACUUGCCAGUAUUGGAAGCAUUAUAUAAUUAG